UUCUGCCUUUGCUUGUUCACCCGUUGGACAAUUCCAAGAUCUUCUUACAACACAAGACUGUAGAUUGCAAACGAUCUUUGACACAGCGAAGCGUAAUUUGCAACAGUGAUCAUCAUGUUCUCCUCUGGUAACUGGUUUGCCAUCGAGCUAACGAGACGUUUAAUCGAAAGUACCGCAGAUUAGUCGAAUCGCGUGCAUGGCGCUACGGCAAAGGCCGAGCAUAAAGCACUUUCACCAAGCAAAUGUGAAGACGAGCACUGAGCUGGAAUGCAGUAAACCCGGCGGCGGCUGCGCGGAACAUGCCAUCUUCUUGAGCGAAGGGCGAAGGCCUGCGUACGGAGACAUCGUCCGGCAAUUCGUCAUGGGCUUGCAUCACAGGUUCAGAAGACAGAAGACGGAAGACUCCGUCGAGGCCGUCUUCCACGGUGCCACUCCCUCCCUCCCUGUCGCUGUCGCUGACGGCUGGCGAGACUGUUCUUUGAGUUAUGGCGGCGGCAUCUUCGGCAUGAAAAGGUUCACGCAAAAUCAAUGCACGCAGAGGGGAUAUGAUCGGAACGGACCAUGCGGCAACUGGAUCAGCAUGGCAUCCCACUCCAGCCACCAGCCAGCGGCCGGUCGAGCAAGUGGUCUCCACGCUGAUCCGCUCGGUGACAUCUCGAGGCCAUUUGACGAACCAUGCGCAGAAGAGGUGAGGGCGGAGGUGCUUCUCUGCGACUCACCGAGAAAGGCAACCAAUGCUGACACCGAGCAAUCAAUCAAUCGGGCAACGCUGCAGUUCCUACGCGAGAUCGGCAAUCAUACGUGA